AUGGAUCCUCAGAGGAGUAAUCCCACAGUAGAAAUCCAGUCUGAUUUCUAUGCAGCAGAGAAACCCCCUUUCGACACCGGAAAAAGAUCUCAAAGACAAGAGAGCCAUCCAAGCAACAAGGAAAGUUCCAGUUCAGUAGGGUCUGUGAAGAUGCCAACAACAAAUAUUCCUUUGUCUCUUCCUGGUGAUGCAGUGGAACCCGAUCAGAGUCCAGUGACCUUUGAGGAGGUGGCUGUGUCCUUCACUCAAGAGGAGUGGAGGCUGCUGGAUCUUGACCAGAAGGCCCUGCACCAGGAAGUCAUGGAGAAGAACUGGCAGAUGAUAUCUUCCCUCAGGUCUGUGAAGAUGCCAACAACAGGUAUUGCUUCGUCUCUUCCUGAGGAUGCAGCACUACCAGAUCAGGGUUCAGUGACCUUUGAGGAGGUGGCCGUGUCCUUCACCCAGGAGGAGUGGGCACUGCUGGAUCCCAACCAGAAGGCUCUCCACCAGGAAGUCAUGGAGGAGAACUGGCAGAUGAUAUCCUCUCUUGGUAACGCCCCCUCUUUCUCCAUCUAA